AAAAACCCUGCUUGGAGAACCAUGGCACAAAUCAGUUAUAGCUCCCGCUCAGCAGCCAGCCCAGGGGGGUUUAGCCAGGUCCGAGUCAGCUCCGUCUCUUCGUCUCGUGGCGUCGGAGGGGGCUCCAGCUUCAGGAAACCCGGUGGCUUUGGCAGCUCCAGUCUGUACAGCUAUGGCUCUGGAGGCAAGAAGAUCUCCACCGGUGGUGGAGCCAGCUUCUACGGUGGCCUGUCUUCGAACGCUCGCCUGACUGGUGGUGGUUAUGGAGGAGGCUAUGGUGGUGGGUUGCCAUCUCCAGGGAUUCAAGAGGUCACCAUCAACCAGAGCCUCUUGUCCCCGCUCAACCUGGAAAUUGACCCAACCAUCCAGAAGGUCCGCAAGGAGGAGAAGGAGCAGAUCAAGACCCUCAACAACAAAUUUGCUUCCUUCAUCGAUAAGGUCCGAUUCCUGGAGCAGCAAAACAAAAUGCUGGAGACCAAGUGGAGCCUCUUGCAGGACCAGAAGACCACCCGUAGCAACAUCGCCCCCCUCUUUGAGGCCUACAUCAACAACCUCCGACGGCAGCUUGAUGGCCUGCUGAACGACAAGGGACGCCUGGAGGGAGAGCUGAAGAACAUGCAGGAUCUUGUGGAGGAUUUCAAGAACAAAUAUGAAGAUGAAAUCAACAAGCGCACGACUGCAGAGAACGACUUUGUGAUCCUCAAGAAGGAUGUCGAUGCUUCCUACAUGAACAGAGUGGAGCUGGAAGGCAAGGUGGAUGGAUUAACAGACGAAAUAAACUUCUUGAGGUCUCUCUAUGAAGCGGAGCUGCGUGAGCUGCAGACACAGAUCUCUGACACUUCUGUGGUCCUUCAAAUGGACAACAACCGAAACUUGGAUUUGGACGGCAUCAUCGCUGAGGUUAAAGCUCAGUAUGAGGAAAUCGCCAACAAGAGCAGGGUUGAGGCAGAAUCCUGGUACCAAACCAAGUUUGAGGCCCUUCAAGCCAGUGCUGGGAAGCAUGGAGACGACCUGCGUAGCUCCAAGACUGAGAUUGCUGAAAUUAACCGCGCCAUCCAGAGAAUGCAGGCUGAGAUUGAGAACUUGAAAAAUCAGCGUGGCAAGCUAGAAGCAGCCAUUACUGAGGCAGAGGAACGUGGGGAAAUGGCCAUCAGAGACGCCAAAGGAAAGCUGGAGGAGCUGGAAGCUGCCCUCAAUAAAGCCAAGCAAGACAUGGCCCACCAGCUCCGAGAAUACCAGGAGCUCAUGAAUGUCAAGCUGGCCCUGGAUAUCGAGAUCGCCACCUACAGGAAGCUGCUGGAAGGAGAGGAGAGCCGGCUGUCUGGCGAUGGAGUGGGGGCUGUGAACAUCUCUGUGGUCAACUCCAGCGGUGGUGGUUAUGGCAGUGGUGGUGGUUUUGGCUAUGGAGGAGGAUUCGGCGUGGGAAGUGGAAUGGGCAGCGGAGGCCUCAGCUUCUCUACCGGUGGUGGCUCUGGCGUUGCAAAAUCAUACAGCAUGACAACCAGCACAACUAGGCGGAGCGUCCGAAACUAAGCUCUGAAAACCAGGGCCAUCACUGCCUGAGCAG